UCGUAGUGAUUCGUUGUUCUCAGACAAGAUGGACAGUUCACACGUGUUCUGUGUAGUGCGUUAUACUAGGUGCGCGAUUGAAAUUUACACUGCAAGCGCGCGAGAAUUUUUCUCAAGGUAAAUACGCGGACGAGACGACCUCGCGUUAGAGGCGCGAAAAUGAAAUCAGCUGCCAGCAAGGUUCAGCACCGAUUUCUUAGAAAUGACUGAAGAUUUACACUCAGCUGCGCUUGUUUUAGCACAAAAUUGGAAAUGAAUAUUAACAACACUCGAGGCACAUCGUAGAAUAACGUUGGUGACUUAACAGUAUGUUAAAAUUGGACAAUAUCUGUUAUACUCUGAGGUCUCCUGAGGUCUUCAACGCUUACAAGACGGAAGCAACAUCUGGGCAGCGAUUAAAAUAAGGUUGACCUACCGUCAUUUGACCGGGGCAUCCUUCUUCUUAAAAUAAUCAUCACAGACUCGCCGAGCGUGUCUGUGAGCUGUGCAGUGUGGGACGCUGUCUGCCCCGUUGUCAUCAGACGUCAUGAGCUGGAGCUUCCUGACACGUCUGCUGGAGGAGAUCCAGCACCACUCCACGUCAGUGGGGAAACUCUGGCUCACCACGCUAGUUGUCUUCCGUAUCGUACUGACUGCAGUGGGCGGUGAGUCCAUAUACUACGACGAGCAGAGCAAGUUUAUUUGCAACUCAGGUCAGCCGGGAUGUGAGAAUGUCUGCUAUGAUGCAUUUGCACCACUCUCGCACGUGCGAUUCUGGGUUUUCCAGAUCAUUCUGUCUGCCCUGCCCUCUCUGCUCUACAUGGGCUAUGCAGCCAAUAAGAUCUCCCACAAAGAGGAGUCACGGGGUGGAGCAGGGGCCGUGGCUUCAGCAGGGGACGGGACAGGGGGAGGAUACACCCAGCGGAGGCCAAGAAAGAUGUAUUUUGGGGCAAGGCAGCACAGAGCAGGACACGAGGACGGGGAAGAGGAACGGGAAGAUGACCCCAUGAUCUACGAAGUGCCUGAGAUAGACACCUCACGCCGGGAGUUGGUGCCACCGCGACCCAAGCCCAAAAUGCGUCAUGAUGGACGCCGGCGUAUCCGUGAUGAUGGGCUGAUGCGAGUGUAUGUUCUACAGCUGCUGACACGUUCUGCACUGGAGGCGGGCUUUCUGGCAGGACAGUAUCUGCUGUAUGGCUUUCGUGUGGAACCAAUCUUUGUGUGCUCAGAUAAGCCCUGCCCACACCAUGUGGACUGUUUCAUCUCACGCCCUACAGAAAAGACCAUCUUCCUACGAAUCAUGUAUGGUGUCAGCUGCCUUUGCUUGCUACUUAAUGUGUGGGAAAUUAUUCACCUCGGAGUUGGAACCAUUAGCGAUGUUCUCCGCAAACGAAAUGCAGCAGCAACUGAGGAUGAGUACCAACUGGGCCUGCUUACUGCAGGGGGUGUGUCUGUAGGAGUAGGCGGGCCAGCACUAAGUGAGGGAGAGCCAGGAGGCGGGGUUGAUGGAGGUGUUAGAGAAGCAGACUAUGUUGGUUAUCCGUUCUCAUGGAACACCCCUUCUGCACCACCGGGCUACAACAUUGUGGUAAAGCCUGAGACCAUGCCAUACACAGACCUGAGCAAUGCCAAGAUGGCAUGCAAGCAGAACCGUGCCAACAUUGCACAGGAGGAGCAGCAGCAGUAUGGCUCCAAUGAAGACAACUUUCCAUCAGCAGGCGAGGCGCGGCCACUACAGAUCAACAAAGACGUCAUUCAAUUAGAGGCUGCCAUUCAAGCCUAUACCUUGCAGCACCAUGCCAAUAAUAAUAACCAUGAUGACCAAAACGACAACCAUGACAUUGAUGAAAAGCCUCAGAUUAACAUCACUACAGCACCACAAAAGGAGCGAAAGCACCGGCCCAAGCAUGGAAAAUCUGGGAGCGCUGGAAGCAGCAGCAGCAGCAGUAGUAGUAGCAAGUCAAGAGAAGGCAAACCAUCUGUCUGGAUCUGAAAUCUAUACACACAUGCCUGAGCAUUAUACUCUGGGAACAGUUACAUUACAUAUAUUUAUAUUGAAGAAAUAUUCCUGGCUCAGUACAAGUUAAGCUCAACGACAGCAUUUGUGGCAUUGUGUUGAUAACCACAAACAUUCAUUUCAACUUGUCCCUCCUUUUCCUAAAAAAAAAGAAAAGAAAAAUGCUAAAUUCCAGUGAGGCACUUAAAAUGUAAGUGAA